AUGGCCUCCAUCCUCGCAGGCACCCUCCCCUGUCAUGAGGGCGAACGGACGAUGCAUAGAUUGCUUCGUGUCCCGCCAGGAGACAAUCCUACCGUUCCCUUCCUCAGCCCAGGCGCCAGUCUUCUACUACGCAAAUCCCCAUUACUGGCAAUCGGUGCCAUUGAUCGUGAUGGGAGACCGUGGUCCACAGUCUGGGGCGGAGAAGUGGGUUUCGCGAGCCCUACGUCCGCGUCCACCGUCGAGGUCAAGACUCCUGUCGACAGCAAAUAUGACCCUCUGGCGGAGAUCUUGUUACAUGAUGAGGAUCAACUCCAAUCCGAUCAACCACAAGGCUUCGGGUCGCUUCUCUCCGGGCUGGUGAUCGACCUCGAAACCCGACGAAGAGCAAAGCUCUAUGGUCAAAAACUCUCGGGCUCCCUUGCGGAGAACGAUGCUGGCGGAAUCGCUCACUUAGUAGUGCAUAUUGAUGCCAGCCUAGGAAACUGCCCAAAAUAUCUCAACAUCAAGCACAUUCUUCCAGCAAAGCCGGAGCCCAGGCUGAUAUCAGACUCCGCUCAACUCCCAGACGAGGCCGUCGGGUUGAUCAGCCGUGCAGAUUGUCUCUUUGUCUCCUCACGACGAGAUACAGUGGACAUGGACACUAACAUUCGCGGUGGGCCUCCUGGCUUUGUCCGUAUCGUAUCCAAUGAUCCCAGCGGCGCCGUGUUCGUCUACCCAGAAUACUCCGGGAACCGAUUGUACCAGACGCUGGGUAACCUGCAAAUCACCCCAUUAGCUGGGUACGUCUUCCCCGACUUUGAGAACGGAGAUGCACUCUACAUUACUGGGCAGACGGAAGUGCUCAUUGGAAAGGAUGCGGCUGUAAUACUGCCGCGAUCCAAUCUUGCUGUCAAAGUGACCGUCACGGUUGCACGCUACGUGGAGAAGGCUUUGUCGUUUCGCGGCAUCCCAGGAGCACCAUCGCCUUACAAUCCCCCCGUGCGAUACCUGACGACAGAAAAGCCCAACCUCGCCAUUCUGAAAAAUGACAGUUCGGUCACCGCGACCAUGAUCAAAAAGGAGAUACUUACUCCGACCAUUGCACGGUUCCGCUUUCGCAUAUCCGAUCCUGCAGCCAUCGGGACCUGGAUGCCCGGACAAUAUGCGACUUUCUCCUUCCAGGAAGAACUGGACAUGGGAUAUCAACACAUGCAGGAUGACGACCCAUCGAGCCUGAACGAUGACUACGUUAGAACAUUCACCAUCACAUCUCAUCCAGCAAAGGGCCUUUCUGCAGCAGAAUUCGAAAUUACAGUCCGUAGAAAAGGAAACGUGACGAACCAUCUCUUUAGGACCUACGAGGGAGCCGGUCUGGAGGUCCCUCUGAAAGGAUUCGGGGGCGACUUUCGAUUGGAGAUGCAAGGAGAUCAGGCUAUGCUCCCCUUCGUAGCGGCAGGGAUUGGCAUCACACCGCUUAUCGCGCAGCUUUCAGACCUCGAUACUGACCGACUGCGACUUUUUUGGACUAUCUCGGUCCGGGACAUCGGUCUCGUCUGGGACAUAUUCCAGCAAUUCCCGCGCUUGCCCCAGUCUACGACGCUGUUCGUUACGGGGCCCCGCCCUGAGGAACAGGAGACUAUUCAAAAGCUAGAUACGGUCGCCUCAUCCGGGGCCAGAAUCCAACACCUACGUAUGAUAGUGGAAAUCUAUGGAAUUUCCUGCCACCUACGAAAGGAGAGUACAGGAGAGCACAAGAUUCUGCAGCGACGCACGCUGUACGACUCAACGUACAAAAACCCCGCGCCGCCACCGCCAUCACGAACCCUCCCACCUCCAAGCAACGACCGCGCACACAGCAAGAUGUCCACCUACGAAGUCGAACACAACACCACCGACCCCUCAACAGCGCAGACCAACCAACGCCGCCGCCGCCCCGACCUCUCCACCUUCUUCGCCACGCUCUCCGAAAUCAGCCCCGAUGAAGCUCGCUCGCGGCCGCACGCCGUGCCCGUGCCCCGCGACAUCAGCGCCGCCUUCUACACCCUCGCCGAGGCGCUGGACGUGAUGCGCCGCGAGGCCGGGUCGGCCCCCGACAGCACGACGACCGCCGGGAGCGACGAGUCAGACCUGUUGACGCAGAUGAUCCAGACGCUGCUCGCGGAGGCUGAGACGCCGCCGCGGGAGGUUGAGGGCGUCAGCGAGGAGUUCUGCGACGGUAUGUAG